GAAGCACAUUGUCCUGCUUAGUUCUUACCUGGCAAUGCAGGGUUACUGGCUGUGCACCUAGGAAGGGCCUCGGAGGGCACUGGCUCCGUCCAGGAAGGAAACAUUCUUCUGUUAGUGGAGCUAUUAGUCAGGGGGAAAGACGAGGUAGAGGGCCUAACCCUGUGGACACAGCUGUGGGGAUAUCCGCCGCAGUAACAUCGUCACCUGCGAGAACUGCCUCAGAUCCUGAGUGUAAAAGAUGCCGCGUAAGAAGCCGUUCAGCAGCAAGCAGAAGAAAAAGCAGCUGCAAGACAAGAGGGAGCGGAAGCGCGGGCCGCUGGAAGCCGGCAGGUCCGAGUCAAACAGCCGGAGCCAGAGCAGAGAACGUGGCGAGGAGAACACAGACACCUCAGACGGCGAGAACGUCCGCCCCCAAGUGAGGAAAAUCAAUCAGCAGCCGCAAGUCUUCAGGCCUGGAGAGAAAUGCUAUGACCCCAACAGGUUCAGACUGCAGUUUGAAAGAGAGAGCAAAGAAGAAAUUGAACACCGGAAGAAAGUCGCUCAAGAGAAGAUAUUGGAGCCAGUGGAGGAAGCAGAACUCGAGGUGGACAUAGAGAAGAUUUACAGGCCGGGCUCAGUGCUGGACUUCCCAAAAAGACCGGCCUGGAGCUACGAGAUGAGCAAGGAGGCCGUGCUGUCCCAGGAGGAACGGGCCUUUAAGGAGUAUCUGCAGAAGAUUUAUGAGAAGCACACCCCUCAGGAGCUUAGCUACUUCGACCACAACCUGGAGACAUGGCGCCAACUGUGGAGAGUCCUUGAAAUGUCAGACGUUGUCCUGCUGAUAACAGACAUCCGGCACCCGGUGUUACAUUUCUCCCCUGCCCUCUAUGACUAUGUGACUCAAGAACUAGGCAGAUCCUUGAUCCUCGUUCUCAAUAAGAUUGACCUGGCUCCCCCGUCGCUGGUUGUAGCUUGGAAGCAUUAUUUUCAGGAAAAGUUCCCACAAGUCCAUGUGGUCUGCUUCACCUCCUACCCAAGACAUCCUGACGAGGAGCAGGACCCCUCUGCAGUGUUUAAGAGGCGCCGGAAGAGGCGUCGGGUUUGGAACGCAGCCCUGGGCCCCAGUCAGCUCCUGCGAGCUUGUGAGAUCAUCACUGCUGGAAAAGUCGACCUGACGUCCUGGAGAGAGAAGAUCGAGAGAAACUCGGCUGCUCUGCUCAACGCCGCGGGAGUGGAAGACGACCACGAGGAGAAGGACGAUAACGAGACGGAUGUAGUUGUCGCCCAGCAGGUCACUGAUGCAGAACUGGGGGCACCCAGCAGAGAACGCUAUAAGGACGGGGUGCUGAGCAUCGGCUGUUUAGGGUUCCCAAAUGUGGGAAAGUCUUCUCUGAUCAAUGGGCUCGUCGGAAAAAAGAUCGUCAGUGUUUCCCGGACGCCGGGUCACACCAAAUACUUCCAGACGUAUUUCCUGACGCCCACAGUGCGCCUCUGCGACUGCCCCGGCCUCAUCUUCCCUUCUCUUAUAGAUAAGCAACAGCAGCUGCUUGCAGGGAUCUACCCCAUCGCUCAGAUUCAGGAGCCCUAUACUUCUGUAGGAUAUCUGUCCUGUCGAAUACCAGUUCCCAAGCUCCUUAAGCUUAACAAUCCAGAUGGAGGGGACAAGGGCUGGACCGCAUGGGGCAUCUGUGAAACCUGGGCAGAUAAACGCGGCUACAAGACUGCAAAAGCCUCCCGCAGUGACACGUACCGGGCCGCCAACAGUCUGUUGCGCCUUGCUGUGGACGGACGGCUUUGCCUGUGCAUGAGGCCACCUGGAUACUCCCAUCAGAAAGAAAUUUGGCAGAAACACCCGGAAACACUGGAAAUGGUUUCCCUUGUUCAGACACGAGGACAGUCCGAGAAUCGCUCCUCCUCGGCCGGAGAAGAAGAAGAGGAGAUCUCCAGCUCGGGGGAAGAAGAGGAAGAACGUGACCGAGAUGCUGAUGAGGAGGAAGAUGAAGAUGAAGACACUGCUGUGCCUCAGGCUAAGAAGGGGGUCAAAACUAAAACUGCUGAUGUCAACCCCUACGCGCUCCUCGGAGAAGACGAGUGUUGAGGAGCUUGGGCUGUGACAUUAGGAGGCCUGUCCUGGAGUAAAGGUGAGACUAUGGCCUUCCCCUGAUUCACUUACUGCACAGGAAUCUGCUUUCCAAGGAGAAGUCGACAUGUGCCCCUUGACUGUUCCCUGUACACUCCAUAGCAUUGCUCUGCUAUUUGACACCCUUCAGAACAACUACAACUCCCAGCAUGCUGAGGAGCCAUAUGUUGCAACCACUGCGCAAAGGUGUACAGAUUUAUGAAGGUUUUAUUGGGUCUUUUCAUUUGCAGCAGAGAUGGAUAAUUCACAUAUGAGCAUCUGAUACACAAGAUGAGGCCUCAUUAGGCCAGAUCUUCUUAAAGGGGCUCCAUUCGCCAUGUUCAAGUAAUAUUGUACAAUGUACUUAUUUUAAAGGGCAUCUGUCAGCAGCUUUGUACCUAUGACACUGGCUGACCUGU